CUUUUUUUGGGGUUUUCAACCAUCCACUCUUUUCACACCCUCAUUUGAGUCUUCACUGAGUGAAGCUGGGACAUUCUUUGCUUGUAUUCGCUUCUUUGAACAAAUCAGCUUUACGUAGCUCUUUCACCAUAACCUGUCGUCACCGCCAUGUCAUUCGCUUCUAAAUUUGCCUUGCUUGGCGCUCUUGCCACAACCGUUGUCGCCCAUGGUACCGUUACCGGCUUUGUGACGGACGGAACUUAUAACGGCGGCUUCAAACUAGAUUAUUACUAUAUGAAGCAAAACGGGCAGACACCACCGGCUACCGCUGGUUGGUACGCUGAGAAUCUAGACAACGGUUUUGUGGAACCAAACAGCUAUGGCUCUCCGGACAUUAUCUGCCACAAGAACGCCAAACCCGCAAACACUUCGGCUACGGUUGCUGCUGGUGGAAAGGUUGAGUUCCAAUGGAGCGAUUGGCCCGAGUCGCAUAUUGGCCCAGUCAUUACCUAUGUCGCCAACUGCGGUGGGGACUGCGGGUCGGUCGACAAGACCACACUGAAAUGGGUCAAGAUUGAUGAGUCUGGUUACGAUGCCGCAAAUAAGCAAUGGGCGGCCCUGGCAAUGAUCAGCAACAACAACACCUGGUCGACUACGGUGCCAUCCAGUCUCGCUGCUGGAAAGUACGUCUUCCGCCACGAGAUCAUCGCUUUGCAUGGAGCCGGCUCAGAAAAUGGAGCCCAGAACUAUCCCCAAUGUAUGAAUAUUGAGAUUACCGGUUCUGGAACCGAGAGCCCCGAGGGUGUUGUCGCGACCGAAUUGUACUCCUCUACGGACCCCGGCAUUCUUUUCAACCCAUACACCACCAUCACGAGCUAUACCAUCCCGGGACCUGCCCUUUUUGGUUCCGGAUCCACUGGAAAUACUCCUGCUCCAUCCAGCUCCGUUACUCCAGCCUCUAGUGCUGCACCCACUGUUACCCAAGCACCGGUCAGCUCCGUCACUGCCACUGCCAGUCCAACCUCCAAGAAGGCUAAUGUUGCUACAUCUACCGCUUCCUCUGCGGCUAUUCCCACUCAAACUUCUUCGAGUGGAAACGCUGGUGCUCUCCCUACGUUGCCUGAGUCCUUCACCCUCGAGACUUUUAUCUCUUGGCUGAGCGAAGUUGGUAAGGCGUCCGGAAACAGCGUUCGCCAGCCUUUUUCACUUCCCCUUGUAUAUUUGAAUAAGUUCUUUUUGUAUAUAUUAUUAUUCACUUCUCUAUGGUUGAAGAAUACCCUAGAACUGUUUUGCCCAACGGCCGCCCAUACUUUGAUCUUGAUCCCGCGCGAUAGGUGA